AGCAGUAUAGUCAAUCAAACUCCCCAGUGAGAAAGGCCUGAACCAAAACCGGCUUGAAUGGAUUCAGACGCCAAUGGUAGAAAAAUUCAUGUAGUUGUGGUGCCCCUCCCCGCACAGGGACACCUCAAUCAGCUGCUACAUUUCUCCAGAGCCAUUGCAGAGCGAGGAGUUACUGUAUCCUUUGUUGCCGCCUCCACCCAUAUUCAGCAAGUCCAGCACCGUGUUGAUGGAUGGGAUCCUCACAAGUUCGAUAUUCAGUUCAGGGAACUACCCAUGCCUCAUCUCCCUGGUGGUGAACCAGAUCUUAAAAGCAAUCAUAUGUUUCCUGUUCAUUUGAUUCCUCUGUUUGAAGCAACAGAGGAUGCCUUUAGCCCUAAUCUGGAUCUCUUAGUGGGUUCUAUUUGCUCUGAGAGUAAUAACAGGGUAGUGAUAGUGUAUGAUGGUCCGAUGGGAUGGGUUCAGACAGUGGCCACCAAAUAUGGGAUUCCUGCAUAUGUUUACAGCCCUGCUGGGGCUUACCCAAACUUCUGGUUCCAGGAAGGGGUAAGUGGGCAGACUGCAUCUGGGUUAACCGUAAACAUAUCAUACAAGCGUUGCCUUCCCGAAAGCUAUUUAACAUAUGCUAAGCGUCAACAUUCUCUCCAAGGGCUUGCCAAGGGACACAUAUUGAACACCUUCUCUGCAAUGGAAUCGACAUUUAUCAGCCGACUGCGCGAGGAAAAGAUUUUUGGGGACAAGCCUGUGUGGACAGUGGGUCCUCUGCUUCCGCACCCAUUUUUCCAUGAUGAACAACGUUUACAAAUACAGGGAGCAGACAUAGAGUGCUUGAGAUGGUUAGAUAGGCAGGCUCCAGCAUCGGUUCUCUACGUUUCAUUUGGGUCCAUGUCUUCUCUGCCGAAGGCGCAGGUCGGAGAGCUAGCCGAUUGGUUGGAGCGCUGUGGACAGCCUUUCUUGUGGGUGCUCAGGAUUUCUGAUGCAGCUCAUUUUUCCCCUGAAGAUCAGUCGACUUGGAUUUGUGAAUGUUUGCCAGAUGGGUAUGAAAGGCGAUUAGAGGGGUGGGGUUACAUUGCCAGGGAUUGGGCACCCCAGCUGGAGAUUUUACUUCACAAGUCGACAGGGGGCUUUUUAUCACACUGCGGGGGGAAUUCGACAUUGGAAAGCAUCAGUGUAGGAGUGCCCAUGGUGGCGUGGCCUCUGCAUUCUGAGCAGUUUGCCAACUCUGCUCUAAUAACAAGGGAACUGAAGGUGGGUGUCCAGGUGAAGGAAUGGAGAAAUGCAGAUGAGAAUGAGUUGGUAGUUGCAGAGGAGGUGGAGAAAGCUGUGAAACUGUUAAUGGUGAGUGAGGAGGGAAUGGAAAUGAGACAGAGGGCGCAGGAAUUAAGAUAUGGGGCCCGAAUGGCAAUAGGUGAAGGUGGAUCUUCGCGUAAAGACUUGGAUUCACUUCUUUAUCACUUUUCUCAUCAAUUUAGCAAUUAUAGCAAUAAGGCUUGAAUAGAUUUUCUACCUCUAGAAAUGUGGAUAAGCUUUGUAUGCAGAGGUUUGUUUCACUUGGGCGAUCAUGAGAAAAUGGGAAUUAUCUGUCCCAGCUAGAGUUGAAAAAAGUCCCUAUUUUAAUACCUGGUAUAAUAAUGUGUAAAAAGGAUUGGUGGUAGUGAUAAACAUAUUUAGGAACGUCUUUUUUUAUCAAAACUUCAAGUAAAUCAAUUUUAAAACUUUGAACAAGGAUAAAGGAUAGCAAUCAAACAUGUAGAGUACCAAGGAUGAUGUAAUAGUACUUUUAUGUGAAUGCUAUCUCAAUAACUCUUAAAAUUUCAAA